AUGUCAAAAUUCAUCCUAAAUCCUCAAAAGGCGUCUUCUACACAGACUAUCCAUUCCUCAGAAACAAUCCUCAAGGGGUCACACCUUGUGAAAACUGACGGGGUUGCAGCAACACCCCAUACAUUCAGACCCCUGUUAAGACAAACAUAG